AUGGGGAAGAUCUUGCACGCGGAGUUCACGAACGGGCCGGACGCGGUCAUCGUAGUCUCGGAUUUCGGGUCGCGGAUGGUGGUGUGGGAUCUGAGCAGUGGGCGGCGCGUGGAGAUCCGGGACCCGAAGUUCGUGACGCGGGGGUGGGGGUUUCGGAAGGGCGGAGUGUGUGCAUUGUUGUCGAGGCCCGGGCCGCAGGACGUGGUGACGAUGCAUGCGGGGGGAUCGUGGGUGGUGUUGAGGACGGUGGUGGUGCCGACGGUGGAUGCGCAGGGGGUGAAGUGGAGUCUGGAUGGGCGGUGGUGGGUUGUGUGGGAUGCGGCGAGCGCGGGGUUUAAGGUGUAUAUCUAUACGCUGGACGGGAACCUCUAUCGGACGUAUGCUGGGGACGGCGGCGAUGGGAGUCUCGGGUUGGGGAUCAAGAGCGUGGAGUGGAGCCCGCGCGGGGAUUAUUUGGCCAUCGGGAGCUUCGAUAAGCGGGUUACGCUCCUCAGCACGCGAACUUUCUCUCCGAUUGUCUAUCUGGACCAUACCGCAUCUAUCCAAUUGGUUUCCGGUGCAGUGUGGCAGGAGCAGGUAAGCGCUACAAGCAGGACCUACACACCCGCAGCGCAGCCGAUCUCCCCGCCAUCCAUCCCGAGCUCAGCGACGGAAUUCCCACCAAAGCUAGGGAUCUCGAUCAUGGCAUUCAGUCCCGACGGCUCCAUGCUGGCCACGAGAGACGACGCGCAUCCCACGACGGUCUGGCUCUGGGAUCUCACCAAGAUGGCACCGAAAGCUGUGCUUCUCCAAUACUCCAGCAUCAAGAGCAUCCAAUGGCACCCCGCAUGCGCCGGGCUGCUCUUGAUCAUCUGCAACCCCGCGGAUUCUGAGCCCGUCCUGCAUAUCUGGGAGACGCUCGACGACGGGGCUUCACCACCGCAGAUCAUCACCCUGCCGAAAGGCGCCUUCGCCACCAAGUCGUCGGGCCCAUCGAAGCUGGAUGCACGAUGGCUCCCGAAGUGGUCCGAUAAGAUCCCCGGGAUCUUUGUUGGUGACUCGCAGAAUUCGCUGCUCGUGUGGCCGGAGGGGAAGGAG